AUGACGCUGCUUUACAGAUCCCACGGCUCCUCGCAGCACCGCGAGCACCCGGCUCCCAAAUGCACCGCUAUCCCAACUUCAUCCGAGCUCCUAAUGGUUCCGCUGCCGCUACCCGGCGCUCCAUUGUCGCCAUCGCCAUCGCCUUUGCCAUCACCGUCGCCAUCGCCGCUGCCGUCGUCGCCGUCGCUCCCGCCGACACGACACUCAGACGCUUUCGUUUACCACGUCAGGGAUCAAAAAUCCCGCGACAAGGCCGUGCAGUUCUUUGGCGACUCUCGAAUCGGGUUUCAGAUCGGCACAGGCUCGGCCUCGAAACUCAGCAACUUUUAUGGAUAUCAGCCGCUUUCGCCGCCGUCGCCGUUGUCGCUGUCGACGCCGCUGCCACCAUCACCAAACGAUCCACAGACACAGCAACAGCAACAGCACCACCACCACCACCAGCAACAACAACAACAGCAACGGCAGCACCAACAGCGAUCGUCGUCGCUGUAUCGCUCGCACCCACAACCACAACCACAACCACAGCCGCUGGCUCCGAGCCAAACAACGGCCCCCUUGCCAUCGCAGCAACAGGGUCCGCAGCAUGUGCCUCAUCCGCAGGAACAGCGGAUGCACAACGAGCAGCCCGACCCUCAACAAUGCUCACAACAGUGCCCGCUGCCUGGGCUUUUGGUAGCGCCACAAGAAUACCCGUCGCAGCCACAGGAACAUUCGCAGCCGUUCUCGUCCCGGGGAUCGUCCUUGAUGCUGCUACCAUGGAGCAGAAAGCCCUCAUGCGACCGCGCCGACUGGCUCGGGCGCAAAAGCACAUCCCAAAGCCUUUCGACGUCGGCCGGGACGGCGUCGGAGGGGGCUCUGGUGUGUCCCAGCACUUCCAGCACUUCCAGCAUCCCCAACAUCACCAACAUCCCCAGCAUUCACGGGAAGCUCGUGGCCGAGGCCAUCAGCCCCCACCAGGACCGCCAGCAGUCCGCUUCGACCCUCGCGACCGAGCCGGCCUCGACGCUGUCCCGGAUGCCAUCGAUCGACGAUUUUGAACCAGGGCAGGCCCUGAAUCUGGGUCUGGAUCUGGGUCUGGACACGGCCGACGAUCCCGAGCCGCCGGUGCUGGUACCCACAACGACUCCCACAACGGCUCCGGACUGGGGCAACCGACGACAGCGGCACUUGCUGAAUCCGCUCAUGUCGACGACGCAGUCGGUCUCGAAGCUCCGGGUGAUCAUGGGCGACUCGUGUCCCUUGGACGUCAGUCUGCGGGAAGUCUAUAGCAACGGCCUCGUUACGCUGCUCGAGUCCAGACUGCCGGUGCUGUACUUUAUGGCGAUGCUGCUGAGCCAGCAGAACGCCGAGGCUCUGUUCUUUAUCAGCGACGUCCGAGACUUUGAGCAGCGCAACCACCGGUCAUACGAGGAGCAAGCGCACGAAGCCCGGACCAUCUUCAACGCCUACUUUGUGCCUGACAGCCCGCUCGAGAUCAAUAUCACCCAUGUUGCACGGCGCAAGGCUGCCGAGGGCAUCAAGCGAUACGACCGACUGUGUUUCCAGGAAGCAACCCUGGAGAUUGCAGCCAUUCUUGAAAGCGAGGUGGAUCGGUUCCGCCGGGGCAGCUCUUUCUACCAGCGGAUGAUGCAAGAUCUCGGCAACCAGCACGUCUAUGGCGAACGACAGGCCGACGAAGCCGCCCGGCUGCUCCGAACGGUGCUGGCCUCGUACGAGAGCCCCGCGACCAACGAGCUGGAUCAGUCGACCGACGCCAUGUGGAGCCGCAACCGCAACAGCAAGAUCCGCGAGUCGCUGGUCCGGUUUGCCAGGGCGCGGGGCGUACCGAUGCGAUAG